AUGGUGGCUUAUAAUCAUCAAUCUGCACCUACUGAUCUCAUGCUGGGCAAGCAGCUGGGAGUGAUUGCCUUACUCUUCGUCGUCUUCUUGCAAAUGGUGUCAAAUGCUGCUGCUGCUCGUCCAAUCAAUCUGGGAGACGGAGACGGAGACGGAUACGGAUACGGAUAUUCCAAUUCAAGUUCUAAUAAUCUGAUUUUUCGGAGGAGGAGUCUUUCGGCAAAUGGACUUGGUCUUACACCACCCAUGGGCUAUGUAAUACUGUUUAACGUUGAAAAUGGAUUACCCAUAUGGAUCAGAUGGAAUAGUUGGAACCAUUUUCACUGCAACAUUGAAGAGAAAUUGAUUAGGGAAACAGCGGAUGCAAUGGUUUCAUCUGGGCUUGCAGCUCUAGGAUAUGAACACAUAAAUUUAGAUGAUUGCUGGGCUGAACUUAACAGAGACUCUGAGGGAAAGCUGGUUCCAAAAGCUUCGACGUUUCCCUCAGGAAUAAAGGCGUUGGCAGAUUACGUGCAUGGAAAAGGGCUGAAGCUUGGAAUUUACUCUGAUGCUGGGAGUCAGACAUGCAGUAAAACAAUGCCUGGAUCAUUAGGGCACGAGGAACUAGAUGCAAAAACCUUUGCUUCCUGGGGAGUGGACUACUUGAAGUAUGACAAUUGUAACAAUGAUGGAUCAAGCCCAAAGGAGAGAUAUCCAGUAAUGAGCAAGGCCUUAUUAAACUCCGGAAGGCCCAUCUUCUUUUCUCUAUGUGAAUGGGGACAGGAAGACCCUGCAACCUGGGCACCAGAGGUUGGAAAUAGUUGGAGAACAACAGGAGACAUUAGAGAUAAUUGGGACAGCAUGACAUCUCUUGCAGAUCAAAACGAUCAAUGGGCAUCGUAUGCUGCACCUGGAGGUUGGAAUGAUCCUGACAUGCUUGAAGUUGGAAAUGGAGGCAUGACAACAGAGGAAUACCGCUCCCAUUUCAGCAUAUGGGCAUUAGCCAAGGCCCCUCUUCUAAUUGGAUGUGAUGUUCGAGCAAUGAGUAAGGAAACACAUGAAAUAUUAAGCAAUAAGGAAGUUAUUGAAGUUAAUCAAGAUAAGCUUGGAGUGCAGGGGAAAAAGGUUAAGAAGAAUGGAGAUUUAGAGGUGUGGGCUGGGCCUCUCAGCAAUAAGAAGGUAGCAGUGGUGCUAUGGAAUAGAGGUUCUUCUAGAGCUACAGUCACUGCUUACUGGUCUGACAUAGGCCUUGAUUCAACAACUACUGUCACUGCUAGAGAUUUAUGGGCGCAUUCGAACGAGACAUCAAUUAAAGGACAAAUAUCAGCAGAUUUGGAUUCUCAUACUUCUAAAAUGUAUGUCCUAACUCCCCAGCAAUAG